UUUUAAGCUUGUGUGUUCCGCAAUGGCGUUUUAAUAAACACGAAGUUCGAAAGUAAAAAUUAAUUUAACACAUAAACAUGGUAAUAAAUGCUUACAGUAUAGUUUUCCCUUAAAUGUAUUUAUUUUUUUCUCUGAAGUACGUGCUCUGUGCAGUUAGCAAACUAAGCUAAUGUGUAUGUUGCGCAGAUAGAAAGUUAAACAAAAAGAGGCCUAAGCCAACUUAUAGGGGCAACUUUUCGCUUUUGAAAUUAUGCAUUUAAUUCAUACUGCAGCAAAACAUUGGUGAAGAUUGUACAAAGACAAAAUAUAGCAUUUUAGUUUGAAGGCAACACACUUUUAUUUGCGGCGCUAGCACAGCGAACUCGACACACACGGUACGCUGUCGACACUGGGAGCACAAACAGCGGAUUAAGUUGAAUUGAAAGUUGUCUCGGUGAUAUUAAUAUGGUUGGAAAGAUAAAACACGUCCGUCAGAAGCUUCACCAGGAGGCAGUGAAGCUCGACAGGCCGGGUAGCCUUUCACAGAGCCCCGGCUCCGAGUUACCUUCCAGUUCAGACAAGCCUCCGGUCCACAGAAUAAGUCCUGCACAUGUGGAAAACAACACGAGCGAUGCCUCCAAACACGGUAAACAGAUCCUGGCAAAGAGCUCCUUCCCCUCAGGGAUCUUCUCUGGCACUAAAAUCUCUCCAGAGGCUCUGGUACAAACACUGAAGUUUGAGGAACCUCCAGAUGUGCCUGCCCCUGCCAAGAAAGGCCCGGACGAGAAGAAAAUCAAGUCGAAGAAAGAGAAGAUGAAGGAGAGGAGGGAGAGAUGGCUCAGCAGCCCGGACGAGAAGAAAAUCAAGUCGAAGAAAGAGAAGAUGAAGGAGAGGAGGGAGAGAUGGCUCAGCAGUGAGUUUGUAUGA